AUGAUCAUGAUCAUGAUCAGUCACCACCAUCAAACCCCUUCUCUUCCGAAGCUCAAUCCCAUGCUCAUCUCAACUCUCCAACUCUUCUCCUUUCUCUGCCUCCUCCUCUCCACCACCAUCAUCGCCGCCGCCGUAGAUGACAGCGGCGCCUGGCUACCUUACACUCCCACCGACCACAUUCUCCUCGACUGUGGUUCAGCUUCUAACACCACCGACGUUAGCAUUCGGAACUGGGACGGCGAUGUCCGAUCACAAUUCUUACCGUCGAACAAUGAAAACACGUCGUCGAAUGCUACAUCCUCCGAGUCUGUCAUUCAAGUGCCCUACAAGACUGCUCGUAUCUUCCACUCUCAAUUCACCUACUCCUUCCCAGUCUCUGCAGGACCAAAAUUCAUUCGUCUCUAUUUCUACCCAGUUAAUUACUCUGACCUCGAUAUUACCAACUCUUUCUUCUCCCUCACUUCCAGCGACUACACCCUCUUAAACAACUUCAGUGCCUUCCUCACUGUCUCCGCCAUGAAACCCGCAGUUGCUUCCCUUAUAAAGGAGUUCAUCGUUAACGUUAGGGACAACCAGAUACUGAAUAUAACCUUUUGGCCUUCUCCGAACUCUUACGCCUUCGUUAAUGGCAUUGAAGUCGUUUCAAUGCCGAAAAAUCUCCACAUUCGCGGCAAUGAUCAUCCUAUCCCACUAGUGAGCGAGAACCAAAGAUUUUACAUUGAUAACAACUCUGAUCUUGAGACUCUCUAUCGAUUAAAUGUUGGCGGUAAUGAGGAGACACCACCUUACACUGCACCGAAGAUCGUUUACACAACCACCAAGAACAUGGGCAAUGACAGUUUAAGAUACAAUCUGACAUGGAGAUUUCCUGUUGAUUCUGGGUUUUAUUAUCUUCUCAGGCUCCAUUUCUGCGAGAUUCAAUUGGAGGUGACCCUUGAGAACCAAGGGGUUUUUAUAAUUUACAUCAACAAUCAAACGGCAGAGAGAGGAGCAGAUGUUAUCUACUGGAGUGGUGGCACUGGAAUCCCGGUGUUUAAAGACUACGUCAUUAUGGUCACCGACCCAGAUGGUCGCCGGAGCAAGCAAGACUUGUGGCUCGCUAUGUACCCUGAGCUCGACAAUAGACCUGAUUACGGUGAUGCUAUAUUGAAUGGUUUAGAAAUCUUCAAAUUGAGUGAAACAGCUGGUGUGAAAAAGCACAAUAAUAAAACAUCUAGUUUUUCGGCCAUUAUUGGCAGCGUAUUAGGAGGAAGGUCUGUUCUAGUCUUGAUCUUAGUUUCUUGA